GUGACAGGACGCUUGCUGCUCAAGCAACAAGCUUAGCGUUGGUAGCUAAGCUCUAAAAACGUACCUACCUCUUAAAUUAUUUUAGCACCACUGACAAAGAAGACGAAAUGGAGGUGCCGAUGGAUCCCUUGUUUCUUGCAUGGAGCUACUUUAGAAGACGGAAGUUCCAACCAUGUUCUGAUAUUUGUUCGAAGAUAUUAGAGGACAGUCCAUACGACCAGGCUGCAUGGAGUCUGAAGACCCGUGCUCUGACAGAGAUGGUGUACAUCGAUGAGGUGGAGGUGGACCAGGAGGGGAUCGCUGAGAUGAUGCUGGAUGAAAGCUCCAUUGCCCAGGUUGCUCGCCCUGGGACAUCACUGAGGCGUCCUGAAACAAGCCAUGGAGGUGGACCUACUCCAGCUAUCAGGCCCAUUACCCAAUCGGGACGACCAAUCACAGGGUUUGUGAGGCCCAGUACCCAGUCUGGCAGACCAGGGACAAUGGAACAGGCCAUUAAGACCCCGCGCACAGCACACACUGCCCGCCCUGUCACUGGUGCAUCUGGGAGAUUUGUCCGGCUGGGAACAGCCUCCAUGUUAACCAAUCCUGAGGGGCCAUUUAUAAAUUUGUCAAGACUCAACUUGGCUAAAUAUGCCCAGAAGCCCAAUUUAUCCAAGACCUUGUUUGAGUACAUCUUCCAUCAUGAAAAUGAUGUAAAAAAUGCUUUAGACCUGGCUGCUCUGGCCACUGAGAAUGCUCAGUUUAAAGACUGGUGGUGGAAAGUCCAGCUGGGGAAGUGCUACUACAGACUUGGUUUACACCGGGAAUCAGAAAAACAGUUCCGAUCUGCUCUCAAUCAUCAGGAGGUGGUAGACACAUACCUCUAUCUGGCCAAGGUGUAUCAGCGGCUUGAUCAACCUAUAACUGCACUGAACCUCUUCAAGCAAGGUCUGGACCACUUCCCUGGGGAGGUCACUCUCUUAACAGGAAUUGCUCGCAUUCACGAGGAGAUGAAUAACAUCACCUCAGCCACAGAGUACUACAAAGAUGUCCUGAAGCAGGACAACACUCACGUUGAGGCUAUCGCCUGCAUAGGCAGCAAUCACUUCUACACGGACCAGCCUGAGAUCGCCUUGCGCUUUUACCGACGGCUGCUGCAGAUGGGGGUAUAUAAUUGCCAGCUGUACAACAACCUGGGAUUGUGCUGCUUUUAUGCCCAGCAGUAUGAUAUGACCCUGUCCUCCUUCGAGAGGGCUCUGGCCCUGGUGGCCAAUGAUGAGGAGCAGGCUGACGUCUGGUACAACAUUGGACACGUGGCCGUGGGAAUAGGAGACCUGACUCUGGCAUUCCAGUGUUUUAAACUGGCCUUGGCCUUCAACAACGACCAUGCUGAGGCCUAUAAUAACCUGGCCGUGCUGGAGCUACGCAAGGGACACAUUGAGCAGUCCAAAGCUUUCCUCCAGACUGCUGCAUCAAUUGCCCCUCACAUGUAUGAGCCACACUUUAACUACUCCACUCUGUCAGACAAGAUUGGAGAUCUGCAGAGUAGUUACACGGCAGCCCAGAGGUCAGAGGAUGCCUUCCCUGAGCAUGUAGAUACCCAGCAGGUCCUGAAACACCUGCGCCAGCACUUUGCUGUGCUGUGACCUACUGACCGACACACCUGACUUGACAGUCCAAACUUCCUGUAUGACAACUUACUUAGUUGUCGCAGAGUGCUGCUAUUGAACAACAGUGACUGGCCUCAUGUUCUGGUUAGACAUCAUCACAAUCUACAGAAAAACAUUCUGCUGUUAGAUGAUGGUGACAAUACACAGCCUAAAUGAUACAAAGUGCAAUUUGGCUUGGGCAACUCACUGCACAGACAUUAUUAUAAAACAGUUAUUUAAAACUGCCUGGCCCAAUGCAGGUCUUAUUAGUUGUAUUUUAUUUCCAUCCAAGAUUGGUUUUGGCAUUCGUUUGUCUCAUCAACUGUUGGUUCACAUACAUGUGUAAUAGUAUUUAAGGUACUUUUAAGCACCGAUAGUGAAUGUACAUAAUAAAGUAUGAACAUGGAAGAAAAACAUAUUUACUAUAGUACAUAUAUUUAUACUGCUAUCUUUUUAGUGUAUUCAGAUGUAAAUCUGGGAUGUAUUUUGGUAUUAACAUUACUCUUGUCAUAAUUUGUAGUCUGUCUUGUUUGUAAGGAGUAAACUAUAAACUUUUUUUUUUAAAGAUGCAGAACUAAUUAAGUUGUUUAACUUUACAGUAUGACAAUUUUAUCAGAAAAUGUUACGUACAACUUAAAAGUUACAUUUGAUUCCAAUGCUUAUUAUUUUGAAUGUAUGCAUUUACUUAUUGAAAUAAUGGCAAUUUUAUAGUAAUU